AAACAACUGACACUGCAAGUCAUUGUGUUUCAGAAUGAUAUAUAUAUGUGUGUAUAUGUUUAUAUAUAUUAGCACUUAAGUGCAAACCUUUCUUUUAUAAUACUAAACGAGAGAAAGAAAAAUAGAACACAGUUUAGGUUUGUAUUUUCAAAUAGUGUUGAAUAAAAUUUGAGGGGAAAAUGUUCAGAAAACAAUAAUCUAAUAAUUUCAUUAUUACUUUAUUUCCUUUAUGUAUAAAUUAUCAGGUUUGGCAUCAGAACAAUAAUAAUAGUAAAGAAUAAGAAUUGUAAAAAUAAAUAUAUUUUGAUAAAGUUAUAAAUUCUGACUCAACUCUCAGAAUUUUGAUCCGUGAAGAGUUAAUCCUAAUCUAAUAAAGUCAGAUUUCUUAAUUGUAUAAUUUAGUUAUAAUGACCAUUUAAACUAUUUAAAAAUUAGAAGAAAACAACCCUUUGAAACAAACCUUGGGAUUUUUUUUUUCUCUACCUUUACCCACUCCUGUCUGUGACUGGAAUGGGUAACGGACAACAAUAUGCAGUAUUUGCAGUAUUUUCUGUAAUGUGAGAAGCUACUUUAACGCCACUGGAGAAGAUUAUUGGAGGGACUGUGUUUUCGUUGAUAUGAAGAGUCCAGGGGAGGAGAAAGACUGACCUGUGAUAUAAUCUGAACUCCUCACUCAUCUUCAUUCACUCACUGGCGCUUCAUCCUGUGCCAAAUCCAAAGUGAACAGUUUUUGCAGAACCUGACGUUCAGACUGCAGCAUGCAGCACCAAGGACGGCUGAGGCUCAGGCCCUGGCUGGAGCAGCAGAUUGAAUCUGGGAGGUAUCCAGGGGUCAGCUGGUUGGACCAGGUAGAAACCCAAACCUCAUUUUAUCUUCACACACUAACUUACACACUUUUUGGAUCCACAGUUAGUUCCAGGUUCAUGGAUCGCAAAUCGUUGUUUUAUAUGAUUCUACAGACGGCACAAAUCUUUCAAAUCCCAUGGACACAUGCAGCUCGUCACGGCUGGAGCAUCGAUCGUGAUGCCACACUUUUCAGGAGUUGGGCCAUGCACACAGGACGAUACCGUCCAGGAAAAGACAACCCGGAUCCAAAGACAUGGAAAGCGAACUUCCGCUGUGCCUUGAAUUCUUUGCCUGAUGUCUGCGAGCUGCGGGAACAGAGCAGGAAGAGAGGCAACAAUGCCUUCAAGGUCUACAGGAUGCUGCCCAGCACACACACGCACAGACGCAGGCGAGGACUCAGCAGGACUAAAGACAGACGAGCCACCACGUCUCACACUUGGCAACCCACGAUAACAGAAGUGUGUUCAAACACAGCAGAGAGGGUUGACCCUCCAGCAGAGGACAUCUUCAGCAGCGGUCACACCUUUGGCAUAUGGGAGGCCAAACAGGAGGAGCAGGAACAGAAUGAGGCCGUGUUCAAGUUAGUGGAUCACUUAAACAACUCUGACCUCUGGAACCAAAGUGGAGAACAGAGAAAAUGGAGAACACACACACUGUGGGACCAAUGGAACUGUGCUGGUGAAGAAAACUCAUACUGUCUACCCCCAGACAACAGCACUGAUCUGUUUGGUUCAAACUACUUGAAGGAACUCUCUGACUGGUCCACAAACCAACAAACACUGAUGCUGUAGCUGCACAACAAAACUUGGCGUUUUUCUUUUGCUGAUGGCUGAGUAAAAAUCUAACUGUCCGCUGAGUUUGCUUAGCUGAAGAUCCGGUUCCAAGCCAAGCUUCACAGAGCGUCAUCGUCAAAUCACAUGGGUUCAACUCUAUGGUCCAGUGCCUUAAACUCACUGAGGUGACGCCAGGUUUACACCCCAGCUGCAGAGUCAACAUGGAUUAAAUGUCAGUGCAGGAUCAGUUACCCAUCUUCAACUGAUAGAGUACUGACAGAGUAAAAUACAUUAUAGACAGGACACGUUUGUGUUUUUAGUGCUGAACCAGUUUUUGUUUUUGUCCAAACCUGUAUGAAAAUUGACCUUUUCAUGUAAUAGCAUAUGUUGUCUAUAACGGGGGUUUCUGACCAUUUUGCCACGGUAGAUCAUCCGGUGUCUCCAAUAUCACUUAAAUUGUCUCUGUUUAUCUAUGCAACAGGCAGAACAAUUAAAUAAACGGCAGCAGAUGGCUAUAAAAACUAAAAAUAGAGAGAGACUUGGAGCUGUUGUAGAAGAUCUCCGUGGGCGACUUUCUUCAAUUUCUGUGAGUACAUCAGUGUUGUGUUCAAUUAAACGGGCACGGGUUUCACACUGAGAAGAUUGAGAUUAUAUUGAAAAAAUAAGAUUAUUAUAUUUUAUAGCAGACACUAUUUGUGACACUUUUUGUUCUGUGGUGCACUGUGGGUGUUUUUUAAUGUAAAAUCUGUGCCAAGGCUAAAAUAAAAUUAGAAAACACAGGCCUAUAAUCUAGUUUUUCUAGGACAUUCUACUGUUCACUGUAGCGUAAAAUCAAGGUUAAGGCUAGGGUAACAAAGAGCACCAGCAACCAUGCAUUGUUUUGAUUGCACUUUUGUCAUUACUGCACACAUGAUGACUGAGUAAACUUAAUGAAAAUAAACGUGUUAGUGUGUUUGACCAUG